UUAUGUUGUAUACCUUCUUUCAAUGGAAACCGCUUUCCAGUGUUUCGGCUCACAGUCACUGGAAAGAUGGUUUGCCGCACGUCAUUGUCACUUUCGCGUGUGCUCUUGUGGCGUUCAAUUGGUCAAAAAUUUUCGUCUCCACACCUUCUCUCUCAACGAUUUUUACCCUUAAGUUGUGCCCCAAUUAGGAUGGCCGGAAAAUAUACAACAGUCGAAAGGGGAGUACCCAAUUCCACCGACUACAGAAUAUUCUUCCGAAAUGAGGCCGGAUGUGUCGUCUCACCAAUGCAUGACAUUCCCCUGUACGCCAAUGAGGCUAAGAAUGUGGUGAACAUGGUCGUAGAGAUUCCCAGAUGGACCAAUCCAAAGAUGGAGAUCUGCCUAGCGGAAGCUCUAAACCCCAUUAAGCAGGACAUCAAGAAGGGGAAGCUCCGUUAUGUGUCCAAUUGUUUCCCCCACAAAGGGUACAUCUGGAACUACGGCGCUCUCCCUCAAACCUGGGAAAACCCUGAACACUUGGACCCGGCAACCGGGUGCAAGGGUGACAAUGAUCCAAUCGAUGCCUUAGAAAUUGGAUCACGGGUUGCGAAGCGCGGGGAAGUGGUUCAAGUGAAAAUCCUUGGAACUGUCGCAUUAAUCGAUGAAGGUGAAACCGACUGGAAAGUGGUGACAAUUGACGUUAAUGAUCCCGUUGCCAGUCAAAUGAACGAUAUAACGGACAUUGACAAAUUCUUCCCAGGACUCCUCAAAGCAUCUAUUGAGUGGUUCAAGAUCUACAAAAUUCCAGAUGGAAAGCCUGAAAAUCAAUUUGCUUUCAAUGGAGAGCCCAAGAAUGCUGAAUUCGCGAAGAAUGUUGUGGCAGAAGUUCAUCAAUUCUGGAAGAGUCUGAUUACGAAAGAAAUUCAGGCGCCUAUUUCAUGUACCAACUCAACUGUGGUGGAUUCUCCGGAUUUCGUGUCGGCUGAUGAAGCUGAAGCCCUGCUGCAAAAAUCCUCCACCGGAGGUGUUGCUGAACCAGUCAGCGAUUCAGUUGAUAAAUGGCACUAUGUGCAUUUAAAGUAAACUUCCGGAAAAAAGCUCAAUUAACCCAGAAAUGACAGUUAAACAAUAGAUCCCUGCCAGUGUUGAAAACAGUUAAGUCCCUUUUGCACCAUACUCGAUUUUGAAGGAUCACCUCUAGCGGCAUUUACGUAUGAAUAUAUAAAAUAUGUCGUAUUUAGCGUAAUUUUGUUGCUGAUAGCAAUUUGUUUAUUUUGGAAAAUUGUACAUUUUAUUUAUCCCCAAAAAUUCCACAGGAUUGGGAUGUUCCAAGGUGAAAUUGUUUAAUUUAAUAAAUGAAUUGAAAUAAUA